UUCAAAUCUAGUAUUGAUUUGAAAUAUUUUAUAUUUUAUACACAAUUAUUAUAUAAAAGUUUUUGAAAUUUCAAUUUUAAAGUUCAAAAUCGUAUCAAAAAAUAUAUACAGUUUUUAAGUUUGUUUUUUGUGCGUUAAAUAAGUAUUUGAUUUGUGAUAACAAAAAAGUUUGUCUCACUUUUGUAAUCAUUAAAUAAUAAUAAUAUUUAAUAAGACUUUAAAUACAAAAAAGGACACAAAAAGUAGUGACUAAACAAGCGAUUGAUUGCGAGAUGCAAUUGAAGUCAAUUCAGUGUUUUAUAACAUUAAUAGUGUUUGCAAUGAAACCGACGUUUAGUUCAAUAAAUGGCAAAAAAUUGCGAAAAUGUCUGACAAACAAGAAGUUCAUCGCCGGUGCCGUCGGUCUGAUUCUGGCGCUGCUCUCCAUCGGCGCCUAUCUAUCGUUCAAACCGGUGCUCAAAGCCGUGAUUCAGUCGCGGAUGAACCUCCACAAGGACUCCGAGUUCUUCAAGUUCUGGGCCAACCCUUCCGUUCCCACCGAAGUCGGCAUUUACUUCUUCCACGUACUCAACCCAUACGAUGUCCAAAACGGGGGCAAAACCAUCAAAGUCAGGGAAAUGGGCAAAUAUAUGUUCAAGCAACACUACGAGCGGCAAAUCAUCGGCUUCUCGGACAACAUGGAAACCGUGAGUUUCUAUGAGCGCCGGUAUUACGUGUUCGAUCCGCUCAAGACUACCGGUUCCCUCGACGACAACAUCACUGUCAUUAACGCACCCUUCGCUGCAUUGGGCUCAAUCAUACCGAAACUGGUGGACGGUCUACCCCUCCCGCCCCUCUUUGACUCACUGCCAUACCGGGCCGUCAACUCAUUCCUCGACGAUCACAAACAGUCAUUAUUUGUCAAUACGACGGUUCGGGACCUCCUGUUUGGCUAUAAGCUGGACAUUCUGGACACGGCUGAGGGUUUUGCCAACACAUUGUCCACA